AUGGCAUCGGAAUUUGUACCCGAGACAUCUGAAAUUGGUUCUUUGACGGCACACUCGAAUGAGGAUAGCCAGUUCGUCGGUAGCUCAAGCGGCGUCUAUUUCAUCAAGACAGUAAAACGUGCAUUCAACGGCUUAGAUGGCCCGGGGUCACCUGAAUCCAAUCUCCCCACAGCAGAGGAAACGCUCGUAGGCGCCGAAGGCUCACCUCGUGACAAGCGCCAGCGCACUUCAUAUGUCAGAGACACUGCUUCGUCCUUGCGGGUGAUCGAAUCUUCCCCAAAAUGGACCUACGACCGAUCAUUGACGGCAUCUCUGGGGAAUCUACCACCCCCAGAUGUGGCUAGGGGCCUGAUGAUGAUGUAUUUCAAAGUCUGGCACCCACUGUUCCCGUUUCUGCAUGGUCCUACCUUCCUGCAGGCAAUGGAGAACGUUUACUCCAAUGGGAAUCAAGCUCAGCACACGCAGGAACCCUGUGCAGACCAUCGGACGCCCGACUUAGAUCUACAGUCAGAAUCGAAGAUCCAAUCACCGGCCAGUUUCAACUCUUUGCUUGGGACUCUCUCAUCUCGACAUGAUAUCGUAUCCCUGCAAGCGCUUCUAGCUAUCCAAGUAUAUCUCGUUGCGACCAUGUCACUUCGACCAGCAUCGACUGUCGGAGGCUGUAUCCUACGCUCGAUGCUUCAUGCGGGUCUCCACCGGUGUCCAUUUCGAUACAAGCAACUCUCCACCCACGACCGACAAUUGCGGAAGCGGGUCUUUUGGUGUGCUUAUGCGAUAGAUAGAUACCUGAGCCAGGCUUUGGGCUUGCCGCUUGGUAUACAAGAUUCCGAUAUCGAUGUAUGUCUGCCUGCCGCCCGAGAAUUGCAUUCCCCCCGGGGCCACUCUGCGAAUGGUAGCUCUGCGCCGCAGCACGGCAAUAAAGAAGACUACAGCAAGGAAAGUGUUCUUGCUAGCUACGUUGACUCGGGGACCCUGACGGGUCGGGCAUUGGAGCUCUUCCACAAAUCAAUAUUGGUUCGAUCUGUUCGUCGCAGCUCGGUGUUGUUCCUCGUGACAGACGUGCAUAAGUGGUGGAAUUGCCUUCCCACCAAUCUCCAAAUCAAGCCAGUGGUAUCUGAACAAGUGGUGAGGUCUGUAUUGCCAGACAGUGCGUUUGAUUUUGCUCCUUUUUUCACUGUGCUGUAUCAGCAUCUCAUUCUGAUUAUCCAUCGACCUUCGCUGUCCCUAGAUCCGUCAACUGCCGAAUUCUGUUCUGGAUUGCAAACCUGCAUCGGGGCUGCCCGGGCUAUCCUUUCGGGGCUGAGGUUGCAAGUUGAUAGCCACCAGGCUUUAUUCUGGCCUGGUUUUUUGUCGGCUGCGUGGAUGUCUGGGUUAGUGUUGGCUUUAGCUUGCCAACUGAACCAAUAUGUGUUGACAAAGGGUCUUCAGGAAAUUGAUGAAUUUUCGGGAUUCUUGCGUUUGAUGUCUACUCAAUGGGAGACAGCCAAACACUGCCACAUGUCGCUUUCAGUGCUGGCUGCAAAAAUCCAACAGUCAGAAAGCGGAUCCGAUAAAACAGCAAAAUCACAAGCAUAUGUGAUGAGAGGCUCCGAGGGAAGUCCCACACAUGUGGAAUAUUCAACCGCACGGGAGGAGAACAGACAGAGACUUGGUCGUCUGUCGCACUUGCAUGAAGAGCCUGGCUUAUUCGCAGGGGCGUCCGAGCUUGAGUCACGGAAUAACACAUGGGUGGAAUCCAUGCACAGAGGACAUGAUCCUACAGUAGUUCCUUCGACGUCAAUGUACCCGUCACAAAUGAACGAGCAGGGCAUCCUCACCGAUACAUCCUCUUCAACGCAAAUGGAUUUACAGGACACAGAUCCGGCACAGCUCAAGGGGUCAUCUAAUUUCGACUUGAACAUGGUGGAUUUAAUCGAGGGCGCUAACUUUGACACUCUGUUCGAUAUGAUCGGACAGCAAUUCCCAAGCUUCUAA